UGCCCCACCCCCUUGAAUUCCUCCCUCGGUCCCCGCCUGUGCGCGCCUCUGCUCGCUGACUCGCCUGCUCCUCCUGCUGCUGCUGCUCGGUUGCGUCCCCGGGAGCCCCGAUCACUUUACAGGCGAUCAUUGUUCCCAAAGUGAAAAACAAGCGCCACUCUGAGCUGGGCGCUCGCUGCUGGCGCUGCUGCUUGCUCCGGAGAGGACCCAGACAUGCCUCCUGCUGCGGCCCGCGCCUGGCACCUGCGGGCGGCGCUCCUCUGCGCCCUGAUUUGCGCGCACGGCGGGGUCCCCAGCCAGGCAGGAGAAUGCAAAGAAUUGGAGUCAUGUGACAAGUGCAUUGAAGGAGAUGCUACUCUGAACAUCACGAACUGCGUGUGGAUGCACUGCCGAGAGUCUGAGGAGAAGCCAGGUUCCGGUAGCUGUGUUGUGAAGGGAGAGCCAGCCAAGGAGAAGUGUCACUUUUACAAUGUCACUACCAGGUGUGAAGCAUCCGAAGCAACCACCAAGCAACCUCCACAGCCAACCACCAAAGAGCCUCCAAAACCAGCCACUAAGGAGCAUGAGAUCAUCACACUUGGUACAACGGCCAGCCCUCCGCUAACUGACUCCCCGGAGUUCCACCCGCCAGGAUUUGACUCUGCCAGCUUCAUCGGGGGAAUCAUCCUGGUACUCAGCCUCCAAGCCGUUGUCUUUUUCGUGGUGAAAUUCCUCAAGGCAAAGGACAGCACCUAUCAGACACUAGAGGACAACCAGCAGUAGGUGUAGCUGUGUGUGAAAGAACAGUGGGAAGUAAUGGGCUGUCUCUGGAACCAGGAAAAUCUACGAACCUUCUCUUAGACCCACUCCCUUCGUGGGGCUCUUUCCUCAGAGCCAAGAAAGGCUAUUAUGGGCCUGUUUUUAUGCAUUCAGCAGCAUCAAAUGAUCUUGAUUUUCCUGGACCAUAGAACAUUAGCCUGCUGCGAGGAGCUUGCAUGUUUGAUUGUUCCUCCUUGCACAUAGAAAUGUAGCAUGUCUUCAGAGAAAGCUAUCUUGAAAUCCCUGGCCUUUUAGUUUUUCAUGUGCAAGUGAUUUUAUAUAUAUGCAGGAAUAUUCAAAUGUGCAUCCUUCUCUUCCAUGCUGAAGUGGUACAGGCCAGGGAAAUCCUUAACUCCUGGCUUCUGCUGAAGGCAUAAAACUGUCUCUGGGGAUCCUGCUUACAUUUUGCUUUUCCCUUUUCCUGCAUUCAGCAGAGGGGUGGAUGGAGAACAGGGACUGCUUUGAACUGAAUACUGUUAACUUUCUGAUUGAUUGUGUGUGUAACGGGAAUGUGCAAACAACCAGCUCUUGUUUGCUUUUGAAACUAUGGGCCUUCCCUAGGGAUGAGCAGUGGAGAUGAGCUGUUCAGAGCUGACCAGAGUCUCUCUGUCUCCCUCCUCUGCUCCCCCUAUUUAUUUUUUUGACGGAGAGCAUGACCACAUGUUACAUUUGCCACGAGAGAGCAGCUGAAUCUCAAAGGUUUUUCCAACAACUGGCGGACACAGAAAUUACACACUGAGUGGCGUAGGAUCUACUUGCUUGCUAGCAUAGCCAAUAAGAAAAGAGAGAUGGGGAGACGGGAGGGGGAAAUUGGGUCAGGAGAUAAAAACGACCAAACAGCAGCUCCACUUUCAUCUGUGUGUGCAAAUUCUAACUCCUCCAUCCCUUUCCCUUAGGCUCAAAACAACGCAUCGCGUUAAUUAUGUAGUGUGCAGGUACUUCUUGAGGUUUUUUAAAAUGAAUACCUAGUGCAGGAGGUUGGGGAAGUUGCUACAGAGAAUAUAGGUCGCAGGGACUGUGGUCAAAUCCUUCCCUCUCCCACCACUGGAGGCUGGUCUGUGAGGGCAAAUGGGGCACUGCCCCACCGGCCUCAGUGUACCCUUAGCCUGGCUCCACCUGCCUGUCUUUGUACUUAACAAACGGUCCAGGGAGUGCCUGAGACUGUCAGCCUCCUCCUUAGUCUCAGUAUUGCCUUGUAGAAAUGAGCAGGGAGGAGGGCUGCAACAAAACUAGAAUUGGGUUGCUCCACCUGUCACUGGCUCUACCUGCUGUUGGUCACCCUACCAGGCUCCUUGCAUGCUAUACCUUUAAAUUUAGGGGAGUGUGACUGGUUCGGUUCAGUUGAAUUGGGUGCAGAGCCUUGGGGGGCAGUGCAAUGAUUAUUUAGAGGUGUGGGGGCACCACAUUUUGGUGUCUCACAGGGCACAUCUGAAAUUUGAGACCCCAAGGUGUGCUGCUGCUUUAAAACACAUUUGAAGUGCCCCCCCCCCAGAAUUCUGGGUGCUGUAGUUGGUUUGUCAGGUUGCUGCGAAUUAUAGCCCUGUGAGGGGUAAACUGCAGUACCCAGAAUUUUUUGAGGAAGUUGAUGUGCUUUGAAUGUGCUGUAUACUGUGCAAGCAGCCCCGUUCCUAACAGGAACCAGUCACCACAAUCACCCACUGAGCCCCCUAUGAAACUCCCCCCCAGCCCCGCCCCAGCAACACACACACAAAAAAUCUAGAGAAAAGCUCCCAUUGCCCUAGUGAGUUUCCCCUGCUAACUGUUGCCCAUGUGUUCAGAAGCAUGCAGACUGAUAGAUCUAUAGGUGAAUUGUGGUAGGCCAGCAAGGGUUUUUGAUUCCCAGUUGUCUUAACAACACCUUAAAAGCUCUCCUCCCUUCAAA